AUCUACACACAGUUGUCAAAUUUCCGUGCGAAAACAAUGCACCUACACAUUAUUUUCGCGCGAAAAUAUGACAGAUAGGCAGAUUAUAAACUGACUGACCAACAGUCUAUAAAAUUCUAUUGUGUUUGGCUAUUGUAAGUGGACGGACCUAAUUUAUAGAAUUUAAAAUGAAAAAGUUGAGUGUAGAUGAAAAGAAAAAAUUUAUUAAAAUUUUAAAAGAAAAUAGUGUUGUGUGGGAUUUGUCCGAAGCAGGGCAUCGAAAAAGUACGGCAUUGGCUGCCGCUUGGGAGAAGAUUUCCAAAGAAAUGAAAAGACCAGUUGCGGAAUGCAAGACCAUUUAUAGAUCUUUUAAAGAUUUAGCACGUUAUAGGGGAAGGAAAAAACAGUGCCAAAAAUCCGGCAGUGAGCUAAAUCUAGAUGAAAGUGAAUCUCCCGAAACUUCGAUUGGCAAUGAAGAAGAUUGUGCAGAAUUUUCAGUUUGUUUGGAUUUUUUGCAGCCGAAUUCGUCCAAAAAAAGGACUCUUUCAACAAGCACAAUAGCCACCGAGGAGGAUGUUUCGAGCCCUGCAUCAGAUGGUUCGCAGUACAAUUUCAAUGCACAGUGUUCUUCAUCAUCGCAGACAUUAAAACCUGCUACCGACUUGACGAAAGUUAUUUCCGAUAUGAUAGCAAUUAAAAAAUCAAAACUCGACGAGCCGAAAUUGAAAUAUAUCUCGAUGCAUGCCAACCUCGACCGACUAUACUGCCAAUUGCCCGCCGACGAAGUCGAAAAAUUAAAUCACGAGUUUUUUAAUAAAACUUUUGAAAGGGUUAUGGCCCAUAAAAACAACGGAAAUUUAUAGAAUCAACUAGAAUAUGUGUUACAUGAUAAAUAAAUAAAUUUGUGUUUGAAAAAAUGUAA